AUGGGGGUACGCGUACCCCUGGGGGAGCUGGCGGCUCUGCGGGGCGUGGUCACCGGCAGCUCCGUGAACGUGGAGGUGGACGCCAAGCCCCAGGAGGACCUGAGCAAAGUCAUGGAGGAGAUCCGGGCCCAGUACGAGGGCGUCAACGAGAAGAACCGGCGCGAGAUGGAGGCCUGGUACAAACUGAAGUUCGACGAGCUGAAUAAGGAGGUGGUGUGCAGCACGGAGACCCUGCAGAGCUCCCAGUCCGAGAUCAGCGAGCUGAGGAGGACCCUGCAGGCCCUCCAGAUCGAGCUGCAGUCCCAGCUUAGCAUGAAAUCCAACCUGGAGUCGCAGCUGGGGGAGACGGAGUCGCGCUACAGCCUGAAGCUGAGCCAGCUGCAGCAGACGGUGCACAGCCUGGAGAACGAGCUGGGCCUCAUGAGGACCGACAUCGAGCGCCAGUCCUCCGAGUACCGCCGCCUGCUGGACAUCAAGACCCGGCUGGAGAUGGAGAUCGCCGAGUACCGGCGGCUGCUGGACGGGGAGGCCGUGCAGAAAGUCCAGGUGGUGGAGGUGGUGGAGGAGAAACGCAAACCGGUGACGUGGCUCACCUCGGCGUGGUUCUUCUUCAGGAACACCAGCUCCUCCUUCAGGCCCUCCACCUGCAUCUCCAGGUCCGAGCGGCUCAUGGUCAGGUCGUCCAGGACCUUCCUCAGCCCCGCGGUGUCGGCCUCCACAGACAUGCGCAUGGCCAUCUCGUUCUCAAACCUGCCGGGAGACAGAGGGGUUCAGGCCGGAGGGGAAACAGAACCAGAGGAGGACCAGGACCAGGACCAGGACCAGAGACAGGACUAG